AUGCUAUCCACGAUUUCGCAACAACCUAUUCUGCUCCUGCUGCCACCCUUGGUGAUUUUGGCAGCCUGCCUGCUGAAGCUAGUCUCCUUGACAUCGCGGUGGAAGGGCGCGCCGCCUGGCCCGCCCACGAGACCGUUCAUUGGAAAUCUUCAUCAAAUUCCUAAAAGGGAUCUCCAUCUGCAGUAUCAGCGAUGGGGUGAACAGUACGGCCCGAUCUUCUCGUUGAAACUGGGUUCCCAGAGCGUUGUGGUCCUCACAAGUGGCGAACUCAUCAAAAGAAUCGUCGACAAGCGGAGUGGCAACUACGCCGAUCGGCCCAAACUCUACAUGCAAGACAUCUGGGAGGGCUCGAGAAUCAUCAUGAGAGGAUACGAUUCCUUGUGGAAGGUCGAACGCAAGCUGUACCAUCAAUUUCUGAACAUCAACAAGGCAGCGCGUUAUGUCCCAUACCAAGACCUGGAAACAAAGCAAAUGCUGGUCGACUUACUGUCGGAGCCCCUGGACUUUGAAAAUCUUAUCUCGCGUACGACAUUGAGCAUUGCGACGAGCAUGGUGUAUGGAUUUCGCGUGCUCGAUCCACGGAGCGAGGUUAUGCAGGAGUUAUUCACCAACACCCAUGGCUUCUUCGUGAUGGUGAACAGGAGCAAGCUUUUGGACUGGUAUCCCCAGCUGAGACCCUUCGUGCAAGUCUUGCCCACAUGGUUGUACCCGAUGGCGAGAAGAGCUAAGCAGGUCUUCUACCGUGAGAGGGCCCAGUUCCGGCAGUUGUACGAGGCCGCAAAGCGUGCCGCCCAACUCGACAACUCUCUUCCCAGCUUUUCGGCCGACAUCAGCCAGGCGAAAGAGUCCUGGAAAGGCACCGAGAACGGAGCUCUUCUCACGGACCAUGCGGCUUCGUAUAUUUCGGGAAUCGCGAUGGAAGGCGGGGCAGACACCACAAGUAAUACCCUUGCCGGCUUGAUAAAGGCCAUGAUGCUCUUCCCCUCCGUCCAAGAAGCUGCUCAGCACGAGUUGGAUACUGUUGUUGGCCCUGACAGGCUGCCAACUAUGGAAGAUUUCGAAUCUCUCCCUUACAUUCGCCAAGUCACGAAAGAAACAUUAAGAUGGCUUCCGACUGCGAUCAGCGGUGCUAUUCCCCACGCAGCCCUCGAGAAUGACGAAGUGGAUGGCUAUAAGAUCCCAGCCGGCUCGACGGUCGUGUUGGCAGUGUGGUCUGCAAACAACGAUCCCAGCCUGUUCCCGAACCCUCGCGAGUUCGACCCCACCAGGCACAGGGGAGACGUGUCUUUUCAUGAGUCUGCCUCUGCACCCGACUAUAGAGACCGUGACAACUGGACCUUCGGCGCAGGAAGGCGAAUCUGUCCCGGUAUCCAUGUCGCAGAAAAGACAUUGUUCUUGGCCACGGCUCGUCUGCUAUGGGCGUUCAAAAUCUCAAAGGCCACCGACGACCACGGCCGAGAAAUCGAGGUUGACAGGGACGAGGUCACCCAGUCUAUAGCCGCUCGUCCGGUGCCAUUCCCAUGUCUCCUGACCCCUCGGAGCGACAAGUGCGCGGACAUUGCUCGAGCCGAAUGGGAAGAGUCGAAAAAGCUGCUGAAUGAAGAUGGGAACUACAAGCAGAGUGUACUUGACUGA